CUGCGUCCCGCCCCGCCCCGGCGCUGCGCACAGCAUGGCCGCUUUCGCUGACUUGAACUUCCCGCAAGGACUGGACAAGAAGUCCUUGCAGAGCCUGCUGGAGGCCGCAGCGCACUUGGGAUAUUCUGCAGUUGCUCUGAAUCAUGUCAUCGAUUUUAAAGAGAAGAAACAGGAAAUCGCGAAGCCAGUAUCUCCUUCAGAGUUGUUUCCGUCUCUGCCUAUUGUACAAGGGACAUCUAAAAGAAUUAAAGUUUUAACUCGGCUAACACUUGUUGUUUCUGAUCCUUCCCACUGUAAUCUCCUGAGAUCAACAUCUGCAAAUACAAGGUUAUAUGACAUCAUAGCAGUAUUUCCAAAGACUGAGAAACUGUUCCACAUUACUUGCACAACUCUAGAUGUGGAUCUUGUAUGCAUAAAUGUAACAGAAAAGCUGCCAUUCUACUUCCGAAGGCCCCCCGUGAAUAUGGCAAUAGAUCGAGGCAUUUACUUUGAACUGCUUUACACACCUGCCAUCAAAGACUCCACCAUGAGAAGAUACACCAUUUCAAAUGCAAUCAGCCUGAUGCAGAUCUGCAAAGGAAAGAACAUUGUUAUAUCUAGUGCAGCUGAAAGGCCUCUAGAACUACGAGGUCCUUACGACGUGGCUAAUUUAGGUUUGCUGUUUGGACUGUCAGAAUGUGAAGCCAAGGCAGCUGUGUCUACCAACUGCAGAGCUGUCAUGCUCCAUGGAGAAACUCGGAAGAGUGCCUGUGGGGUAGUGUACACUGUGAAGAAGCCUCGCAAGGUUGAGGAGGAUGAAACAACACUGCCAGCCUGCAAAAAAGCUAAGACUCAAGCUUGAGGACUGAACCAUUUGUCAUCAGGAACCUCCAUCCCAUCUUUACCAAGUGUUGAGUCUUUUAUUACCCUACAGCCAGCUCCAUUCCUCCCUCACUGCUUUAUUUAGCCUGGAGAAUUAUUCUUCUGGUGUUAAAGUGAGGAAGGUUGUGGCAAUUAGACUUCUCUAUGGUAGUUCACCCCAUCUGAAGGGUAAUGCUGGGCUCCUGAACAGCCUCAGGAGACUGUCUCUUCACCUUGUCUUAGGUCUUCUGGAAUUAGUGCAAACUCAAUGCUAUAUUUAUGGAAUAUGGAACAUAUGGAAUUUUUCAGUUGUACAAGUACAUUCCUUUUUUAUUAAAAGUGUUUCUAAGUAGGAUGUCUCUGAAGUAUAGCUUUUAUGGUUUCUCAGGUUUUAGACUCAUCACCUCAUCUCUGUACUAAACCUAAUAACCAAAAGCCAGUAGAUGCAAUAUGUCUUCAGUGGCCUGUGAAGAAUAGUGGUGCAGUAAAAACACCUGGACCAAACAAAAAUCUGCUUCCCAUUCUGCUUUGUGAUCGGUGGCUAUGAAGAAGAUCCAAGCAUCUGUUACUUGCUAGAUACUUUGGGUUUGUCUUACAGUUGGACUGGUUGACCUAACCUACCUGACAGACAUCUCAAAGGCCAUCUCUCUCUCUCCUGCAGCUCUUAAAACCAAAGAGGAGCAUGAGAUAGUUACCACUAUCCAGGAGUCCAAGGUUACACUGGAUGUGUGCUCAGUGUGGUACAUUGCAGUCGCAGCACAGCAGCUGUCUCGCCAUGGCCUGAGCAUCUCCACGUCACAUUAUUUUUACUGCAUCAUUUCCUUCUUUAUGUCCUGGUCUGGCAGUGUUGCCUAAGAGAGUGUUCAUUUUGAUGGCUGCUGCCUUUCUGUUUUCUUUCCUGUUAAUGCCUCAGUAAACCUCAUCUGGCUGCCAAAAAAGCAAUCAUAACAUUUAUAACCAGCAGAGCACUUUCAGAGCUCUUCCAAGUGUUGAUUGAAAUUUUUAUUUUGAUAAAACCAACACAAAAAGUGUGUAAGCUACUGUACUCAAGAUACUAUUGAGCCACAUUUGCUGUGAAUAUUCCAGUUCUCUAUUUGGAUCUGACGACAAGUUGGGAACUGGAAGUUAUACUGUGUAUAAUUUUGCAGAACUCUUGCAGUGGGUCAUCUCUUGAGAUUUUAGUAACUGGGCUGAGCAGAAUGGAUAAAGUAAACUAACAGUUCUGUGUAAUGCUGGUGAAAGCCACAACAGCUUCUGUGUUAUUCAACAAAUAAUGAAAUAAUUUUACUUUAUAUUAGUAUUUUACUUGCUGACUUUGUGAUUUCAGUCUGUUUUACUGUAGGCACUGGGAUGAAAUAUAUGUAGUAGUUGAUCAUUUAUGGACUUACCUCCAAAAUUAUGUUCUAACCAGUUAUACUUCCAGUCUUCGGAUAAUUGUGCAGAAACAAGUAGUGAAGUGAAGUGGCUUGCAGAGGAGGGCAGAAAGCAGAGGGUGCUCUAAUUUUAAUGGAGAAGAGUUUGCUCACAAGUAAAGCCUACAGCUGGUAAGAUAACACUCUUGAGUUAUGGUGCUUGGGUGAAAAAGGUUUCAUCUAAAGCCUCAGUCUAGGAUAGCUGGCUGCAAACAGAAAAAAUGUUUCUACUUCUUGCAAAUUCACUUUGUCUCUGAAACUGGCACUCAGUUUGCAGCUAUUCAUCACUGCCCACUUCUGACCUCACCUCAUUGCCCAGGGCUUUGUUUUGUAAAGCCUGCUGGCUGGAAACCAACUGACUGGGGUUGGUGAAGGCCAUGCCUGGGAGGCCAUGUUAUGGACAUUAGAAUUUCAAGUGAGUACAGCGUGUAAAGUCCCCAUGCAGUCAGCUAUUGACAGCCUUGCUGGUGGUACUGCUGAGGUUGUUCUGCAUCUGAUAAAGCAAAGGGAGAGGUUCUGGCCUUUCCUAUCAGGAGUUGGUGUCUUCCUUGGGUUGGACAACUGAAGUUAUUUCAUGUUCUCCAUAUAUUAAGUACUGACUUGCUAAGAAACUGAGAUUUUAAAUCAAACUCAAGAAUAAACCUUGUAUUACUAGCUACUCAAGUAGUGCCUUUCUGCUGUAGUAUGUUUCCAUUUAACAAAGUAAGAAAGAGAUGGUAUUUAUCUAACAGCAGCAGGGAGGUAACUUAAGAGCUAAUUCCUUUAGCUGGCUGAGGCAUUUUCUUUGAGUUUCAAAGAAUUUUACAGAGGCCAAGGAGUGAACUUCCUUUAAAGAGAGACAGAAUUACCUUGUAUAUGUUUACCACUCCAUCAUCCACUCCACCAAAAAUAGAACCACUGUUUAUUUAAUAUGAAAUAGGUAAGUGCAAAAUCUACAGAAAAAUGAGUACAAAUUUACAAAUAUACAUAAUCUCUAUUUGCAUUCUUCAGUCAUUAGACUUCAUAGUAGUCUAGCUUAAGAAAAUUCACAUUCCUGAUACCAUCUCCUCUCACUUUCAUACAUUGCAUCUGAAUCCCACAGUUCA